AUGCCGUCUUCAAUCUCACUCGUGGCGGUAUCUGCUCUCUGUGCCAGCUUCGGCUUCGCACAAGGCGCAAAAGUACCAACGCCAACUACACCAGGCGCUUUGAAAUUCCACGACCACCCAGGACAAUCGACCAAGGUAUACAAUGUUUCUGCAGCAAAGACAACUCUCUCAUAUAAGUACACCAAUGAAGAGCUAGCUAUGUUAUGGAACCAAGUCGGCAAGAUCGAAGUAGGCCCGAUUACAACGACAGUCUCGCCAACUCCAGAGCCUACCUCCUAUGCCAGACCGGGACUGUUUCACCCACAGGUCCCAACCUACGAACCAGCCCUCAAUGGCUCUAAACUGCCGAACGAUUUCAUGUGGGGCGUAUCGGCCAGCUCCUAUCAAAUCGAAGGCGCUGCACGAGAUGAGGGUAAAGGACCUUCGAUUUGGGAUCUUAUAUCUCACCGCGCGUACGGCAGUGUCGCAGAUAAUACCACCGGGGAUAUUGUAGCACAGCAUUACUACCUGUACAAGCAGGACUUGGCACGCAUCGCCAAUCUCGGAAUCCCAUACUUUUCACCAUCGUUUUCAUGGCCACGGUUUUUUCCAUUCGGCGCAGCCGGGUCCCCUGUCAAUCAGGAGGGCGUCGCUCAUUACGACGAUGUGAUCGCGACCAUGGUCGACUUGGGUAUCACGCCUGCUGUCACGUUGUUUCAUUGGGAUACUCCCCUGGCGCUUUUCAAUGCCUACGGCGCCUGGACAAGCCCUGAGAUUGUGGACGACUUCUUCAAUUAUGCCAAAUUUGUGAUUUCGCGCUAUGACGAUUAUGUUCCGGUCUGGUUUACCUUUAAUGAACCCCAAUAUUGUAACUGGCAAUACGCGUCCUAUCCCGCUGGAAACGAGAAGGGAAAUUACCCUGCAUACCAUGGUAUUGAAGGUGGUCUCAAGGCCCGUAUCGCCUGCAGCCACUACACAAUCCUCGCCCACGCCAAGGUUGCGAAGUGGUAUCACGAAGAGUUCAAAGGCAAGGGACGCAUCACCUUCAAGAACUCUGGAAACUAUUACGCACCGCUAGACGAAGCUUCGGAAGGUGAUAUUGACGCCGUAGCCAGGCAGUAUGCCUUCAGCUUGGGUUGGUUUGGCGGCCCUUGGUCGGAUGGCGAUUAUCCGGAUAUGUUGAAGAAGACUCUUGGGUCCCUACUACCAACUUUCACAAAGAAAGAGAAGGAUAUGGUAAAAGGAAGUUGUGACUUCUAUGCCAUCGAUGGAUACACUGCAUUCUUUGGUACGGAACUCAAGGGUGGCUCGGCUGCCUGCGCGGCAAAUAACUCUGAUCCGUCGUUCCCCGAAUGCGCAGGCAGUACACAAUUGGACCCAAGCGGUUUUCCAAUUGGGCCGAUGGCAGAUGCCGGCGUUAGCUGGUUAACUUCGACGCCAAAGGCCAUGCGAGCCUUCCUGAAUGUGCUGACCAAAGAACUAUUCCCUAGCGCCCCUGACAUUGUUGUCUCUGAGUUUGGCUUCGCAGAGCCUGACGAAGGAUUGUCAUCGAACCUCGGGUCUAUACUAUGGGAUUUGAGACGUGCAGAUUAUAUGCAGUCUACGUUGGAUAAUAUUCUGGCGGCUAAGGUUCAAGACGGAGUGAAUGUGACAGGAGCCUUUGGGUGGUCCAUUAUUGACAACUAUGAAUGGUUUGCUGGGUCAAGUGUCAAGUUCGGUUUGCAGUAUCUGAACUACGAGACUUUGGAGAGGGUCCCCAAGGCAUCUGCAUUCCAGUUUGUAGAUUGGUUCAAGAAAUAUGGAGGAGCGAGGCUGCCAGAUAAAGCGUAA